AUGGGAGGCCUUAUUUUGGCAUCAUUUAUGACAUAUGCUGCAGAGCACCUUUCAGUUAGAACAUUUAUGAGGGGUUAUGAAGACAGGGAUGCACAAAGCACCAGGAACAUAUGUUCAUUCUCUGCUCCUGACUGGAAUCACAGAAAGCUUAGCCAAAAUGAUCGAGCCUCUUUCUCAUGGAAAUCACGUUUGGCUAUUUCAUUUGAUUCCCCAUUGCCUUACAUUGCCUUGCCUCCAAUGGUAACUCGCUAUGCAGAGACGGACAAAGGAAGCGCGAGCACUUGCCUUGCCUCCAAUGGCUGGUUUUCCUGA